AUGUUCCUCGCACGGAUAUUGCCAUUUGUUGCGGCAGCAUUGGCAUCUUGCAACGGCCAUGACAAGCUCUGUGGUCGCAAGUAUUCCGAUAUUACCUUUAUAGGCACUCACAACAGCGCCUUCGUGGGAGAAACGCCAGUCCACAAUCAGUACAAGUCAGUGAAGGAGCAGCUCGACAUGGGUGUACGAUUCUUGCAAGCACAAACACAGGAUAAGGAUGGCGAGAUCCAGAUGUGCCACACUCACUGCUGGGAACUCGAUGAGGGGCCUCUGAAAGAUUACCUGCAAGAGGUUUCUGACUGGAUGAGCAAGAAUAAGGAGGAAGUUGUGACGUUGCUCCUGACCAACAUUGAUGGACUGUCGGUUGAGAAGUUUGACGAUGCCUUUGAGAGCACUGGGCUUAAGGACCUCGUUUUUCACCCGAAGAAGAAGCUGGCCCUGAACGAGUGGCCAACACUCCAGACAUUGAUCAAUGAUGGAACUCGUCUGAUUGUGUUUAUGGACUACCACAUGGACCAAAGCAAGGUUGACUACAUCAUCAGCGAAUUCGACUACUUCUGGGAGACUUCAUACGGUGUGACUGAUGAUUCAUUCCCAAGCUGUGACGUCGACCGGCCAGAGAAUGGCAACCCGACCAAGCUCAUGGGUAUCAUGAACCACAUGCUCAACCACGACAUUCUGGGGAUUGUGGUACCCAACCAGAUUGACGCGGCAAAGACAAACUCGGCCGAGUCCAUCCGGAAGCAGAUAGAUCUCUGCGAAGGGAAUUGGGGCAGACGGCCGAAUGUUGUUCUUCUGGACUGGGUGAAUGUUGGAGACGCGAUGGAUGUGCAAGUAUCUUUGAAUGGGCUAUAA